CCUGCACCUCGCUUCAGUUUGCGCCAGGAGACCAACCUGGUCGGCUGCAUCCUGAGGAGAAGGGAUGAGUUUUGGGGUCACCAUAGAAGAUGGAGCUGCCAUCAAACGCUCAAGCAGCCGCACAACUGGCUGGUCCAGGGGGCCCACCGCAAAACUUGGCUCCCAACCUUGAUUAUGGAGAAUACGACUACACUAUAGAGGAAUUAGAAACAUACGGGGAGUUAGAGACCAGUUUACCACAGAGACUAACGGAGGCCCUCAAUCAACAGCUGCCUGAGAACAAGCUGUUGGAAGAUGUUCCAGAAUAUAUACCAGAACUGAAUAUAAAUGAUGAUGACCUUUUGAAACCAGGUGUUCAUGUUCAACCCACUGAUUCUUUUGUUUAUCAAGAUCCUUUUGAAGUAGCUCAAACAUACUUGGAAAAACAUGGCAUUAUGCAAAUAUUCCAGCGGAUCACUGAAAACUUAAUAUAUGAACAGCCCGAUGACCCUUUGCGCUUUUUGCUGUGGCAGAUUCAGGACAUAAUCAAAGAGAGGGAUUCCUCCUAAAACCUGCAAAUAAAGAACACCUCAUUCUCCACUA